GCAGUGGUUGCAUUAUUUCCGGUAAUUUGCAUCUGAAAACAGAAAAACGAGGCGGAGCAUAAUGUCCAAUGCAUGCAUUCAGUGCACAGCAGUCGGUUCUUUCGAUCUCACGUUGUACCACCAUAUAUUCCGAAGCUCACCAUUUUCGGUACAUUUGGUUAUUAGGUGCCGCGACAUUUCGACCUCCUCUACUCAUAACAGACAUAAUCUCACAGCCAUGGCCGACAAACCAGACGUCAGCGCAGUCUCAAGCUUCGACAAGACAAAACUUAAGAAAACUGAGACUGAGGAGAAGAAUACUCUACCAACGAAAGAAACAAUUGAACAGGAGAAGACCGCUUAGCUCUCCAUUGUUCUUCUACUCCUCCCCCUUGUACAUUGUUCUCCAAUUUAGCUAGAUUUUUUUAAAGAUAUUUUUCUGAUUUAAUAUUAUUAUGAAGACGAAAAAGGGUGGGGUAUAUCACAUGACCAUUGGAUCAUGGCUACAAUUCUGAGGAAAGCAACUCAAAUUGGCUAGUUUAUUCAUAGCUAGAGGGGCUUUUGUCUCUUUCGAAGAAAUUGCUUGUUGAUUGAGUUGUAGAAUUGGCAGCGAAUGUGGUAUUUUGGUAGUACUAAUUAAUAUUACCAACGUUGAAAGAGAUCGAUGUGUGUGAAAAACAAUAUCAUUCGUACAAAGUCAAUCUAAACGGUUUUGUAGCCAGUUGAAAGAUAACCAGAUGGGAUUGUUGAGACAGACCGAGAGGUCUGAAGAUGUAUGUAUUUGUGCAUUAUUUACUCCCAUGUCUAAUCAAAGAUCUUCACUACACAUCAUCAUCCCUUUUUAACAGUACAAAGAGGUUGGGAAUAAAUUAGGAGCAGACAAAAGCAAAAGUUUGAUUAAUUUACAGUUUAUACAAGUCCUUGGUUUAUGUUGGGCUCUCUAUAUAUGUAAAUAUUCAUUGUUUUGUGCAGGGCACACACCAAGUCAGUACCAUAUGUUAAUGCAGCUUCUUAAGAGGGAUUUUAGUGGGCAUAUUCUGCUAGCAGUGCCUUUGCCUAAAUGAUUGUUGUAAUGAUAGUUGUAGAUGUCCUGUAAGAUCUUGUAAGACCCGCUACGGAGGAAGUUGAUCAUCGAAGCGGAAGACGAACUCCAGGCUGAUGACGACUUCCGAGAAUACUGAUGGCACCCGCAGUAGCACCAAAGCCUAGUAUCUUCCCUGGGGUCGACGGCUCACAACAUGCUCUUUAUUUCGUCGCCACAAGAUAACUGCAAUACUCUUCCACAAAUGUAUAACAAUUUACAAAAAUAACCAAAAAAAAAGUUGUAAAAUUCUACGAAAAAGAGGCAUUUAUGAAUAUCAUUUCUUAGGCAACGUAGCAUUUUGUACCAACGUUUCUUGAUAAGAUGCACUUUGUAAAUGUUGACUCAACUUCACUGUAUAGUGAUUUAUGUGAGAUCUUUAUGUGUUAAAGGUGUAUGGAUCAAACGAAGAACAUUCACAAGAGUUUUGUAAAAUCUUUGAUUCCGUGUGAUAAUCAGGAUUAAUGUUGCAGCAUGUAAUGCUAGGAACCAUGAGUUUGCUAUCAACAUCUGUGCAUCCAUGUGAGGGUUAUGCCUACAGAUAAAAUACAAUAACAUCAAAUGUAAA